CAAUCAGUUGGCAACUGAGCUUCAAACGCAACAAAACGCUCUGCGCAGUCAAUCGUUGCGCACACGACUCGCGCGCAUUCUUUUUAAUUUAUUUUCUAAUUUAUUUUUUACGUUUAAUUUACAUUCGUUUACCAUUUAUUAACACUCGUGUCGUGACCAAUUUUCUAUUGAAGUAAUGGACAUGAUUUCCGUUUUUUUUUUAAAUAAUUGAAGUGUUUUUAAUGGAUUUUUCGUCAAUGGAUUAAUAUGUAUUUUUAACGUAGAGCAGUGAUCGCCAAGCAGUCACGAUGACGGUGAUAAGCAAGCAACUCUUCGAGCAGGCUUGUCAGGACACCGACUGUCAUUUGUUGCUGCACUAUUACCAGCCAAGCUGCUUACAGAGCAUUCCUGAGACGUUUAAGAAUAGUCUCAUUGGCAGCACUAAGUUUUACACUAUCGUUUAUAUUGCGCAAAUCCUGGCAAGAGGUGGCAAAAUGCGCAAGAAAAAAGAAUGGGUGAAGAUGGGCGAUUAUUUCUUGAGGUCUACAAUCAUGGGGGCCCUCAUUUCAACGACGACCGCCGUCUUCGGGUGUACUCUUAGGAAAUUAAUGGGAAACAAGUUCACAUACUACACGUACCUGCUGUUACCGAACAUGCUAAAUGGCCUGUUCAUUUACAUGGAACCGCCUAGCAGGAGAGGAUUGGUCAUCAAUUUGUUUGCUAAUUUGCUAAUCGAGUUUUAUCUGAACAGUCUAAGUCGAGCUGGCUACUUAACAAUAACGAAAUCCAAGAUAACGUUUAUGUUCAUGGUGGGAAGUGCUCUACUCUUCUAUCUUAUGAGAUUAGAAGGGGAGAGAGAACAGAGGACUCCGCUAUUCUGGAUCUACACACCUGAAAGAGUGAGACGAAAAUCCGAUGAGUUCCAAAACGUGUGCCCACACGAAGGCAGCUGUCAAAAGUUCAUUGCUAAGGGAAGCGCCAAGUACUUCGGUAUCGGUUUGGCUAUAUCAAUGGCAAGGCUUAUUUUGCCCAAAAUUAGGACACCUUUGAGAGCCAUAUCUUCAAUAAGGAGCAAACAUUUCAAGAUGGCUUUGUUCUUCAGCAGCUAUAUCGGUAUUUACAGAGCUGUGAUAUGCUACUUGUGCCGUAAAAAGGGCUUCGACUCUGCGUUGUACGCGUUACCAGCUGGUUACCUUGCUGGAUUGUCAUCCAUAUUUAGCCCCAGUUUAGGAAUAUCUAUAGCAGCGUUGACUGGUGCUUUUAAGCUUUACUCCACGAUUCUGUACGAGAAGAAGAUCCUGCCAACGAGCAUACCAUUACCAGAACUGCUGUACUGCUUCUGCCAGGGCACCCUCUUCAACGCCAGAUUCUUACAUGCUGAAGUGUGCCCCAGUUACAUGUUCAAUCUUAUGGAUACUGUCAGUAAUGGGGUAUCAAAAGUGCUGUACGAAAAUAUGAUGAACGAGAUCAAAAAAGUGACAUAGAAUAUUAACUUAUGUCGGAACAUAAGGUUUUAAAUGUUUCUUCACGACGUUUUAAAUGGUGACUGAUUUAGUUUAAUAUUGUUAUAGGUAAUUGUGGCAUUGUUGGUUAAUUAUACAUAUUUUUUUCAAAUGGUU